CCAAAAUUGUAAUGAUACGGUAAAGAAACCAAAACUUGCCGUUCAUAUGAACCGCUGCCAGGCCCCAGUUGAUUGUAUUGACUGUAGUACAACAUUCGAUACUCAAACAGCCAAAUCGCAUACUAGCUGUAUGACUGAAGAGCAGAAAUAUCAAAAGAAUUUAUAUCAGAAGCCAAACAAAAGUAAAGAUGUAAAAAUGCAGGAAACUACAGCAGAGGAGCCUGAACCUACACAAGAAAAGAAAAAGAAGAAGUCAAAAGCUGAGAAAGCUGAGAAGACUAACGAGAGUGUAGAAGAUGGAGAAAAGGAGACAAAGAAGCGCAAGAAGUCAAAGAAGAAAUCAGAAGACGAUGACGAUGGCGAUAAGACCAACGAUAAAGACGCAGAAGAGCCAUCAAAGAAAAAGAAGAAGUCAAAGUCAACAGGAGACGAUGACGAAGAGAAGCCAAAGAAGAAGAAGAAGUCAAAACGUGACGAGGCUGAACCAGACGUUGAUACUGACACAAAUGAGGAAAAACCAAAGAAAAAGAAAAAGAAGUCAAAAAAAUCUACUGAUGAUGGCGCUAUAGAUGAUUCGCUAUUCACAGAGGAUGACGUUCGCCAAUCAAUCCGCACGGUAUUGCAAAAUUGCGAGAAGAAUACAAAACUCGUCUUCCCAAAGUUAAUAAUGCUUGUUUUACAAAACCUGAUCGAGCUCAAACAAUCUCAGAAUACCGAUGUUAGUGAAGAAUCUCUCACAGCUGCACAUAGACAAAUCGCAGACUCCGUUCUUCGUUCUUUAUCUUUCGUGAAAUCUGACGAUGACGAUAAGAUGACACUCCAAGUUAACUAAAUUAUCAAUUUAACAAAUACAAUAAUUAUUUAUCAA